GAAGAGAGACCUCGGCGACGCGGCAGAGACACGGCAGAGACACGGCAGAGACACGGCAGAGACGGACGCACGUUAUCUCAGCAGGUUCUGUGGGAGACGCAGCUCUGAGGGGCAGACGGUGGGAUUUCGCCAGAACCGGACCCCCAGACCGACAUGGAACCCCAGAGGGACAGAGGGCGAGACAGCGGGUACCCAAUGCCCAGCGAGACCACCACAAGGAAACGGCAGGCCCGGGGCAAGAGCACCCGGCGUCUCGGUGUGCAGCCGCCGCGGGAAGCGGGUGUCCAUCCCCUGGCGGAGGAGAUCGCGUGUUCCGUGUGCCUCCAUGACCUGCAGGACCCGGUGAGUAUCGCCUGCGGACAUACCUACUGCCGGGCCUGCAUCUCCAAACACUGGGCCGGCUUCUCAUCGCAGGGGUUCCUGUGUCCGGAGUGCAAGGCCACCUGCCCCGGGCAGCGGAUGGUUCCCAACUACCGCCUGGCAAGUCUGAUCUCCAAAAUCCGUCAAGGAGCAGAAGACAACACCCAGGCCGAUACCAGGGGCAGUCCGGGGGUCUGGCCCCCCGAUUACCCCGUACGGCUGGUCUGUAGGGCUGGCGACGGCACUUUGAUCCUUAACGAAAGUGGCGCCCGUGACUGUUUCCAGAGCCCCGGGGUAUCGGAUUGCCCCGCCGUCCUGCUGUCUGUGAUCGGAGAGAAACGCCGGGGCAAAUCCUUCCUCAUGAAUUAUAUCAUCCGGGCGCUGAGAAGCCAGGAGAGGGGCGAGGAGUUUACCAUGGGGAGCGACGAGGACCCCUUGCAUGGAUUUGAUUGGAGGACGGGGGCCGACAGCAUCACCCAGGGGCUGUGGAUGUGGAGCAGACCUUUCAUCCUGAGCCACAAGGAGACGAAGAUCGCCGUCUACGUCAUGGACACGGAGGGUUCCCUGGAUUUGGUCGGUGACCGGGAGACGUGCGUUAAACUGUGCGCCCUGUCCAUGCGCCUCACCUCUCACCUGAUUUUUAACGUGGCCUCAAGUCUGAAAGAGACAGAAAUGGACUGUAUGGAGACGUACAUGCACAUGGGCGAGGAGUACAGACCCCGGCAAUUACAGUGUCUGGACAUCCUGAUCCGUGACUGGCAUGGCACCGACAGCGGCCGAGGCGCGGCUCGCGGCUACAUCGCCGGGGUAAUCGAGAAACUAGAAAAGCAGAGAAUUUACCCCAAGGUUUUACUGGGCCUGAAAUCCCGGGACACGCGCUGCUUCCUCCUGCCUCACCCCGGCAAACGGAUAACCGCGGAGGGCCGGGGGGCGCUGGCAGACAUGGACGCCGACUUCCGGCGGGAGCUGAGGAGCUACGUCGGCACGGUGGUGGAGCGAAUACGUGGCCGAAUCGGAGCCGACGCACAGGGGGAGGAGGUCCUCUCCCGAGAUCUCGUCCCGAGGCUUCAGGAGUUCGUUGAGUUGCUGAAUCAGCAGAAAUUUGGAUUCUCGUCCCCCUUGGAGAUGUUUUAUGCUGUAAAAAAACAAAAGGAUUUCCAAAUGAUUUUGGAUGAAUUUCAGGAUUUCCUUGGAAAACAGCCUUUCUAUCGUUUGACUCCCACAAUGAGGAAGCUUGUGGCUGUAAAGCGCACCGAGCUCGUGGCGAGGUUCGGGGGCUCCUCGCCGGACAGCGGACCCCACGGCGAGACCCUCGUGGCGGAGCUGGAGUCCCGACUUCUCGAGAUGCAGGAGAAGUUCUGCAGCGAACACACCAAGCGCCUGACCGGCAGCGCCCUCAUGGCCGUGAGCGCGGGGUACGGAGCGUACGGCAUGGCGGCUGGUAUGGCGGCCAGAGGGGCAGCGAUGGCGGCGGAGCCGGUGAUGGCGGCCGGUGGGAGGGUGCUGGCCUCGGAUGUGGUGGCCGGAGCCGCAUCUUUAGUGCAGGCCGGCCUCGCGGGCCUCGUGGGGAGGUUCCUGAGAUAAAUACCUGCCACGUCCGUCGCUGCCCCCCGGGGUAUCAAGUUUCAUUUUCAAAUAUAUGGGGCACUUUAGGAUUUAAAGCCCCUGAUAACCCCGUGGCACCCGUAUAGCGUUUUUCUUUUUUUCCCAUAAAUGCAAUAUUUUAACCAAAAAUCAAUAAAUUGUUUCCUGCUUUGCCCGUAAA